AUGUCGAGUUAUGGCCAGCCCCGCAACGGCGCUGUCAGGGAGCACCAAGAGGGGGUGACCGACCGUGGGCGGCACGAUUCUCACACGCCUGGUCCACUGGCCAGGGUUGGGGAAGAUUCAUUGGGACUCCCUGGGUCGGUUCGCACCUUCAGGGGUGAUGCGGAGGAGGAUGAGGACGAGGAGGAGGAGGAGGGGGACGGGGAGGGGGAGGGGGAGGAGGAGGAGGAGGAGAACUUGAUCACCUUCCAGCGCACACGCCUGAACACCGAGCGUGUGCCGUGCAUGACUCUGAGGUCUUGGUACGACACGCACCCUGGUGGUCGUAUCGGCGAUGGGGCAAAUUCUGCCCGUGCUGCAGCAGCAGCGGACUUAGGGCUCGAGGGAGAGGAGGAAUGCGAGGAGGAGGAGGAGGAGGAGGAGGAGGAGGAGGAGGAGGAGGAGGAGGAGGAGGGGGAGGAGGAGGGAGAGGGGGAGGCGACAUAUGCAGCGGGUGUGGGAGAGGUCCAGGGCUAG